AUCUCUAUUUUGCUUCCUUUUCGCUUUCAACUGAUUAUUCUUCAAUUCACCGUUUCUCUUUUGGAGUUCUCUAUCUAUCGCUGCAUCUCUCUGUUUUUCUCUUUCUUUCUUUGAAUUCUGAUCAAAGGGUCAAUGGCGAGGACAAGCAACAAGAACAUACAAGCCAAGCUGGUACUUCUUGGGGACAUGGGAACUGGGAAAACAAGCUUGGUAUUGAGAUUUGUCAAAGGGCAAUUUUUCGAUUUCCAGGAAUCAACAAUUGGAGCAGCCUUCUUCACUCAGGUUCUGUCGCUGAAUGAAGCCACCAUAAAGUUUGAUAUAUGGGACACAGCAGGACAGGAGAGAUACCAUAGCUUGGCUCCCAUGUAUUAUCGUGGUGCAGCUGCUGCUGUUGUGGUAUAUGAUAUCACAAGCUCGGAUUCAUUCGUGCGUGCCAAAAAAUGGGUCCAGGAACUACAAAGACAAGGAAAUCCAAAUUUGAUAAUGUUCUUGGUAGCAAACAAGGUAGACUUGGAAGAAAAGAGAAAAGUGGGAAGUGAGGAAGGUGAGCAAUAUGCCAAAGAAAAUGGCUUGACUUUCUUUGAAACAUCAGCAAAGACUGCCCAGAAUGUCAAUGAACUCUUUUAUGAAAUAGCAAAGAGAGUGGCAAAAGCUGCUCCUUCUCGGCCAACGGGAAUGAAACUGCAUAGCAGACCGCAAGAAAGUGGAAGAAGAUUCUUCUGUUGCUCCUGAUGAUAUGAGGGCUAGAUGUCCACUUGUUGUCAAGACUGAAGACUAAGCUGAUUUCUGGCCUAAUCCACUUUGAUGAAUUUCUGUGUAUGUACACUGCUCAAACACAAAAGCUUUCUUGCCAUUUUUCUAAAGUGCUCAUUUUCUGUAAGAAAUGAUCAUGGAACUCCUGAAGAAUAAAAUUCAAUGCAAGGAAAUGAAUUUGAUCACUGAA